AUGACUGGGCACCUGGCCGUGCACGGCGCGCGGGGAGCGACCGCGGGGGCGGCCGCGGAGGCCGGCGCGGGCCCCCGGCCCCGCAGCGAUGCGGGCCCGGGCGAGGCGCCGCGCCGGGCCUCCACGGAGCCCCUGGUGGAGCACCGGGCCGAGGUCUCCGGGGAGGCACCGGUGAACCUGGCGCUCGCGGCGCCGGGCAGAGCCGUGCGGAUGGGCGGGGCGUUCUCGUUCAUGUGCGCCCUGAGGAUGGACGGCAUCGGCAGCUGGAGCCGCGUGUUCGACUUCUCCCUCGUAGCCGACGAGGACAGCAUCACGGCCGGGGCCGUCGGGCUGACGCGCGACCUGCAUUUCACAGUCUUCCAGGGGAAGAAGCCGUUCAGCGUGACCGUGAGCAAUUUCUUCGAGCUCGGAGAAGAGGUUACCAUGCUGUGCACGGUCUCGCCCUCGGGGCACAUGCGGGUCUUCAAGGACGGUGCGCUCGUAGGGGAGAACGUAUUGGGCAUGGCCCCUCUGCGUCAGGACAGGCCGCGUAUGAUCGUGGGCGGCCACUAUCUGUACACCGAUCAGGUCUUCCACGGAAGCCUUAGACACGUGAAGAUGUGGAACCGGGAGUUGGAGUGGCCAAUGCUGGGGAAUGCCGAGCCAUCGCUCGUGCCGAAGGAGGGCGGAUGGUUUCUCGACGACGUCGAUACCGUGCUCCUCUCCACCCGCAAAGGCAAGGAUGUGUCGAUCGUGGGCCUCGUCGAGUCCUGCGAUGGCGAGUCCACGGGUGCCGACUCCCUCGAUGGCGAGUCCCUCGCUUCCGACAGUCGUGGAGCGUGCAGCUGA